AUGGCUACAAACACCAACCUCGUUGCUCCUUUCAACCCCCCUCCACCGACACUCGGUUUCAGAUGCAGAAUCUGCCUGCACAACCGCGUGGUUCUCGACCGCAGAACACUUGCCCACAUGAAAUCCCACCUAGGAUGCUUCCAUCACCUCGGACUAUGGUAUUGCUCCAUCUGUGGGCAUACCGACGGUAGAGCGGACCAUAUUGCUAAGCACGUUACCACCGCUUGUAGCACUAUCAACCAUACAGCCGCUGUCCCUGUACGUGAUCAGAACAUGCAAGACAUGGUCAUUGCAGAGGCGAGACGUUGCCAGUGUCCUCAUCCUACCGCCAAUGUCUUUCCCCUUCCAACUGCCAUCGUGCCCAACGUCCCUGUACCUGCCACCGCCACCACCACCUUCACGCUCCCCGAGUACAUUGACACUGUCAUGCUGUUCAUCGAGUCCUGGUUCAGACGCGUCAUGCAAGACCCCAUCCCAGCCACCUACGACUACAGACUCAGGAUGGAGGACGCCCUGCGCAGUAACAUCGCCCAAAUCGAAUACGCUCAGCGUUUCAACGUUGCUCGCGAGGCCCUUGUCGAGAUUACGACAAUUGUCGAGUACUAUCGUGAGAUUAUGGAGGAGGAGGGAGACGAGGGAGAGAUUGGCGCCAUCGACGAGGAAAUAAAAAUUUCGUUAAGUCAGAAAGAACGACAGGAGAUGGAAGAGGCUGCUAUCAUUCUGCUACAGACGGCCGUUCCUCUCUGGACAUGGCUCACUGAUGACGCCCAUGACGACGACGACGACGACGGCGAUAACGAUGAGCAAGGCGAGCUCAGACAGAUUGGCCAACAGCUUGACCAGCCUCUGAACGUCGAGUUCGUUGACUCCACUCGCCAAAAGGGUGAUCCCAAGACCGGUAAUCAGCUUAAAGCUGGCGAGAUUUGGCACGUACAAAUGAUGGCCAUGGUAAGCAAGGCACAUGCGAAGCAGAAAAUGGCUGACACCACUGUCGGCGACUGGAUUCCCACAUUCAAAGACGAUAAGCGUGCAGCUAAACACAACGAGCCUUCUAACAAGAACAGCUUGCUACCAGACGUCAUAUCGAAAGCCCUGAAGAACUACCUUAGUCGCCAAUCCGGCACCCCUGCCGAAAUUGUCCUGGCCCGUUCCCUUCACGCCCAGUGUGUCGGAUCAAAGGUCUGA